AUGGUGUAUGGAAAUAUAGUAAUGAUGCUCAUUGAUUUUGAACACAAAACUAUUAGGAAAAAUUUGCAGUUGAAUAUGAAUCUAUUUGAAUUACAAAGAGCUCAAAUCAUGCAACUCAAUGCCCUAGAUGAAAUAAGGAAACUAUCUCUUCAACACACAGAGGUUGUUCUGAAUAAACGUAUUAGAUGGCAUGAUAAAUACAUUAAAGAAAGGAAAUUCAAAUCUGGAGAUUGGGCACUUUUAUAUGAUUCAAGGUAUAAAGAUACAAUGGGGAAGUUGCAGACUCAUUGGCUGGGUCCAUAUGAAAUUGUUGAAGUUUUCCAAAAUGGAGCAGUUCAGUUAGCAACCAUAGACCCUAUUAAAUUUAAACUUUUGGUAAAUGGUCACGGAUUGGGUCUUUAUCACAAACCUGUCACAAAAGAAGACUUCCUACAACAAUUUUACAUCCAGCCACCUCCCACAGUUCCUGCAGCUUCUGUAGAGGGACUUCCCAUCCCAAAGUCCUAG